AUGUUCCUCAUUCUUUUGUUCACCACUCUUUUCGCGAUGGCUCUAGUUCAUCAGUGGAAGGCGAGAAAACAACUUCCGAAAGGUUUGAAGAGACUUUUCGAUGAAAAGCGUUUCAGAUUCUUUUCAGGCCCUUACCCACUUCCAUUUCUCGGAAAUCUCCCUCAACUUCUAUACCAUUGCUGGCGUCGAGGGGGUCUUGUCGGAGGAUACGCCGAAAUUGAGAAAGUGUACGGGAAAGUGUACACUCUGUGGAUCGGCCCGUUGCCUACCGUAUUCAUUUCCGACUAUGAAGUGGCACACGAGACACACGUCAAGCGGGCGAACGUGUUCGGAACGAGAUACGCUCCCGGACUCAUGAACUACAUUCGAAUGGACCGCGGGCUCGUCUCGUCGAAUGGGCAUUUGUGGCAGGAACAUCGGAGAUUCGCGUUGACGACGUUGAGGAACUUUGGCUUCGGCAGGAAUAUUAUGGAAGCGAGGAUCAUGGAGGAGUACAGAUAUCGGUGAGUGCAGACUGCUUUGGAUCUACAGUAACCCCCCGCGCGCCCAGAUUCUCCGACUACUCUCAUUCGCCCGUGAACAACAACAAUAGCAAGUGGUCGGGUAGUUUCCAAACGCAUGCUCGCUCAUUUUUCGAUCUUCUGACCGGCAGUGUCAUCAACAAAGUGCUUAUUAAUGAGCGCUUUGAAAAGGUGCCAAGCGCCUCCGCUGCCGUCGUUUCGAGAUUCUGUUUUUCAGGACGACGCCGUAUUCGAUCAACUGAAGACCAACCUGUCGGCUGGAUUCGAGAACACCGGCUUCUUGGACAUCUUCUGUCCCGUCGAGAUUCUGAUGUCACGCCUUCUCAAGUGGAGACAAGACAAGAUAUUCGCGCCGUUCGACUGGAUUUACGCACUUUGCAAGCGGAACAUUGCUGAGAGAGUCGCUCGGAUCGAGUCCGGAGACCACGUGCUUCACGGCGAGCCGGACGACUUUUUGGAUGCGUAUCUGAUGAAGAUGGAGAGGGACGAGAGGGAGGGUCUCGAGUCGAGUUUCACGUAAAUUCAACACGAAAAAGCAAAUUUUGUCCAUGCGCACUUGCCACUUUCAGACUAGAAAACCUUGCGGUAGACUUGUACGACUUGUGGUUGGCCGGUCAGGAGACAACUUCGACGACUCUGACGUGGGCGUGCGCCUGUCUUCUCAACUAUCCGGAUGUGAUUCGGAAGACGAGAGAAGAGCUGAUCCAUGUGACGGGCGGGAAUCGGUCCCUUUCGUUGACUGACAAGAAGGACACUCCCUACUUGUCGGCUGUUAUAAAUGUACCGUAAGCACUGCAAUAGAAUGGCAUCCCAAUGUGGUCCGUUCAAGGCUAUGUAUCUUAGCUGCCAUUGGAGAUAUUAAAAAGUGAUCAACUGAUAAAAUGUACACCAUGUUUCAAUGAACAAUGUGCCAGUUGACAACUUUUGAUAUCUCUACAGAAAACUGAGAUAAAUCCUUGUGAAUAGAGGCGAAUGUGGUGAACGAAAGUCUCGGUUGCAGGAAGUACAAAGAGUCGCGUCGAUUCUGAAUGUCAACCUCUUCCGGAUAAUCAACGAAGACACCGAAAUCGACGGUCAGCCGCUGCGGGCCGGAACCGCCGUCACCGCGCACAUCGGAAUGAUCCACGUGGACGAGGAGCUGUUCCGAAAUCACACCGAAUUCCGGCCCGAACGAUUCACCGAGCAGGAGGGUCUCGACAAGAAGCUGAUCCCGUUCGGAAUCGGAAAACGCGCGUGUCUCGGAGAGUCUCUCGCCAGAGCCGAACUCUAUUUGGUUUGUUUAGUAACGGAAAGCCGUGAGGGAUUAGUGUACAAUUUCAGGUGAUGGGAAACAUGAUACUCGAUUUCGACAUGGAGCCAGUGGGGGAGACGCCGAAAAUCGAGACGAGCACUCCGUUCGGACUCUUGAAACGCUCGCCUCACUUUGAAAUCAAAUUCAUUCCCGUUGUGCAUUGA